AUGGACUUGAAAGAUCGUAGUGUUGGAGAGGCGGGGACAUCGACAUUAUUGGAUGAUUCAUGGUUUUCUUUUGAUAGCUUUACUGCCUUUGCUUUUGCAAGUUUGAUGGUGGAAUCACAGGAUUUCUUUUCAUUAGUGCAAGAUGCUUCAGUUGUUGAUGGAGAUCUUCUCUCAUGGACAUGGAAAUUAAAAAAGCUGCUUGAAAAUAGUUUAGGAUUUUUGUUCCAGCAGAAAAGUGCAAUUGAUGGAAUCUACUUUGAAGAGAAUAAUGAGUAUGCUCCUAUGGUUGAGAUGUUGGAUGAGCCGAGCGGUAGCGAACCCACAUCUUAG